GCGGCGGCGAGAGGCGGGCUACGGCGGCCGGCGGGGGCCUGGGCGGGCGCGGAGCGGAGGGACCGGCGGGACCGGCACCGGGCACCGGGAACCGGGGUCGCCAUGGAGUACGUGACCGCCGAGCAGCUGGCCGGCUUCGGCAAGUACAAGUACAGUGCCGUGGACAGCAACCCCUUGUCUCUGUACGUUAUGCAUCCCUUCUGGAACACGAUAGUGAAGAUCUUCCCUACCUGGCUGGCCCCAAAUUUGAUAACGUUUUCUGGCUUCCUGCUGCUUGUCUUCAACUUCUUCCUCAUGGCAUACUUCGACCCUGACUUUUAUGCUUCUGCCCCUGAUCACCAGCACGUUCCGAAUGCGGUGUGGGUCAUCGUGGGUCUCCUCAACUUCAUUGCCUAUACGUUAGAUGGUGUUGAUGGGAAACAGGCUCGCCGGACCAACUCCAGCACACCCCUGGGAGAGCUCUUUGAUCAUGGCUUGGACAGCUGGGCAUGCGUGUACUUUGUCGUGACAGUCUACUCCACCUUUGGACGGGGCUCCACGGGUGUCAGUGUCUUCGUUCUCUACCUCCUCUUAUGGGUGGUCUUGUUUUCAUUCAUCCUCUCCCACUGGGAGAAGUAUAACACAGGGAUUCUCUUCCUGCCCUGGGGAUAUGACAUCAGCCAGGUGACCAUUUCAAUUGUCUACAUAGUGACAGCCAUUGUGGGAGUUGAGGCCUGGUAUGCACCUUUCCUGUUUAAUUUCUUAUAUAGAGACCUAUUCACUGCAAUGAUUAUUGCUUGUGCACUCACUGUGACGCUGCCGAUGAGCCUCUAUAACUUCUACAAGGCCUAUAAAAAUAACACCUUGAAGCACCACUCUGUGUAUGAAAUCAUGCUGCCACUGGUAUCCCCAGUGUUGCUCUUCCUGCUCUCCACCACAUGGAUCUUCAUGUCCCCAACAGACAUCCUGGAGGUCCAUCCCAGGCUCUUCUAUUUCAUGGUUGGAACAGCCUUUGCUAACAUUUCUUGCCAACUGAUUGUCUGUCAGAUGAGCAGCACACGCUGCCAGCCUCUGAACUGGAUGCUGCUCCCCAUAGCAGCGGUGCUCUUCGUGGUGAUGUCCGGGUUCACGCCAAACAGCGAAACACUUCUCCUCUACUUGUUAACUGCUUUCCUCACCCUGGCGCACAUCCACUACGGAGUGGUCGUGGUAAGCCAGCUGAGCAGGCACUUCAAUAUACGGCCCUUCUCGUUAAAGAAGCCCACGCCAGAUUGACUAGGAGUGGAGGAAGAGAAAAUCGGCUUGCGGUCUGCAGAAGUACUGUAAAUAACUGCUGCAAAUACCUGUAAAUACUUCAACCAUCACCACAGAUCUAAACCUAUCCUCUGGACAGACAUCAGGGCAAAGUACGCACGGUAUCCAGUGCAGCCAGGGCAGGACUGGUGCGGGGCAGCCCCUGCUGCUGUUUGAAUGCAAGCUUUCGGUUUUGGGUGAAACUGGACGAGGAGGGUAGCCUUUCAGGUCACUAUUACUGUAUAUUAGACCAGCUGAAUGUUCCCAGCGAAACCUCAAACUCCAGCUCUUGCUCAGGUAAAGCUGGUUGGGGAUGCAAAUGGCUUUACCUGAGCAAAGCAUCUUGACCUGUCACCAAAACCAACAUAACCGCUGAUUUCUACAAGGUCGGGGAACAUCCUGAUGGUCGGGGGAGAUCCUGUCUGUCCCUAAUCCUGCUAGACAGCCCUUGUCCUGGGCUGGUACUUAGGGAGCAAAUGGUGACAGUUCUCCAGCAUUCUGUCCUGCCUUCCUGCAUUCACCUAUUUGGGCAAAUACUUGCACCUUUUUUUUAAGAGAGGAAAAAAAGAACAACACACAAAAUGUCUAGUAAUAUUCUACUUGGGGGGCUUAGAAAAUCAGGGCUCAAUUUCCUGUAAGAGUGGGAAGGUGGCUUCUGCAUACCUCCACUCGAGCUGUGGGUACCUGGGAGCACAUCUGGACUGUGUUCCUGUCUGUCCAUGUGCGUUCCCUGCCUGGAAGUGGGGUCUGGGCUCUGAUCGGCAGCAGAAAGUGGCUUACACCAGCCUGCCUAACUCCCCCCUCUUCCUACCAGGAUGAACUUGCUGUUUCAGGUCGACUCUGCUGUGUCAUUGCAUGCUGCCUGAGCCUCUUCUUCUGUAGCAGUGCAGCCAGGCUCAGUCUGCACAUCUCCCUUCCCGCCAGACCAUCAACGGCAGCAAAUCCACCGCUUGGAGAAGCACCUUAAUAAGUGUUGUGUUGGUUGUGUGUGCACUUUCAGAAAGCUGACAGGCGUGUGUGUGGUGGGGUCCUUCCAAAUAUCCCUUUAUUUUUCAAAACCAGUGUCCUCAGCGGCUGCAUGUCUCAUCCAGGGAUAUAUUUGUUUACUGUCCAUUUGUAAAAGACAUGUUUGCAUUGACUUUUUGUUUUUUUUUUUUAAUUUGUUUUUCAAUUGAGUUAGAGUGGGGUGGUGAAGACUGAAUGCUGAUUUUCUUUUCGGUUCACUUUAUUUAAUGAAGACCUGUGCUUGAAUGAAGAGUGUAGCUUAAACCCAGGCUCUGGAAAGGCUGCAUCCGGAAGCGAACAAGCACAGCAGAUUGUGCAUAUGUAAUCUACCAUGGGAACAAAGUCGCUUAUACACUGAUUAUUGUGCAACGUGGUUCGUAGAAGCUUGGUCACAGCAUUUUCCUUCUGCAGGUGAAGACCCCUCCUGCUUUAGGAAACCUGCAAACUGUAACUGCUAUUUAAUGCUUUUUCUUUUGUAAAUUUGAAUCAUUGUCAUGCCGCCUAUGAGACUUGAAAUCCUGAGGCAAGCUCACGCAUUCACCGCGCAUGGGGUGCAACGUCAGGGUUGCUCGGUCACGGUACGCCCUGCAGGAGCGAGCUGGUGUGUUCAUCUGGGCUGACAUCGUGGGAGGGCUCGGCUGAACGUCUGUAUGCUCAUGUGUCUGUACAGCUAUGACGUGUCUGGGAAGGGUGGCUAAUCUGGGAGAGGGGGCAAAUGGUUUUCAGAGUUUAUUUAAUAAAGUAGCUUACUCCUAUAUAUUUUACUGAUGUUGUACAGAGAAAAAACCUAAGUGUACGAAUGACUUGGGCUGUGCUUGAAUUUUUGACUCUUGCUAUUUAAUGAAAUAUAAUUAUGAAAGGAGAUAAAUUUAAGUCACACUUGCACAAGAAUUACAGGGAAUCUUAAAAUGGGACAUGACACUUAUCUGAGCAUGUCCCAUAGAUAGCAAAAUUGUGCUAGCAGCACUGACAAAAAGUGGAGGUUGGAUGAUUUACUUUGUAGUUAUCUAGAUCCUGUAGUACUAGAUCCUGUAGUUUGCAGGACCAGGGAAUAACUGAGCUGUUCCCUUAGGCUUUCAGUGAGCUCUGGGGUCCCAAGCUUGGAGCUUGCAUUGUCCCGUCUCUUCCCACUAGUGUUGCUGGGCCCUGAAGACUGGGCUAAUGCUGUGAGAAGUUGUCCAAUCUGAAAUCUUAGGAUGUCACUUUGUCUCAGUAAUACACUCUUUGUCUGUUGUCUCACUUAGCUGUGAGCUGGUGCGCUUUUGCAGCACGUAAUAUACCCUGAAAAACCCCUUUGUGAAGUUACAAACAUGUGGAAGCAGGGCUUCCUCUCUAAAAUCCUGCAAAUAUUUGUCAUGCUGUAGGAGAAAGAUCUCUCUCAAACUGGAACCACUUCCUGUCUGCACAGGCUUUAUCUUUGGAGAGUCCUGGAUUUUUGGUGCCUUAAUUUAUUGCACCUUGAAGCUAGAAAAAUAUCUCCUUAAAUCAGUGCUGGAAAAUAGGCUCGCUUGUGUCUAGUGCCGCCAGGCUUGUGGCAGAGCGAGGGGAGAGCAGACCUGAUCUCAGUGCACAGGUAACUGUUCCUGACUCGUGCUGCUGCGAAGCUGGGGUGGGGGUGUUCUGUUUGGGCAACUAGAAAUUAAGUGAUUCCUGCUCCCAGAUUCUGGGGGGAGUGGAAACAAACAGAAAGACCAAACCAUCUUGCCACGGUGGGGUGUGGCAUGCUGAGAAACAAACUAUUUAUUAAUAAUAAUGGUUUUAAGUCUUAAAAAUAAACAUAUUCCUUGCUAACAGCAUCUGAGGGUAAUUGUGUUAUGGUGAUGUUUGCUUGCCUUGCUGGCUAGACUCUGUCCUUGCGGCGGGAUGUGCUCCUUGGGAUGGGACAGGGUCGUGCGCGGGCUGGGUAGGACAUGUGCUCACUCCUCAGCUCCUCCUGUCUAGUAUUUAAGAGCUGGUCUGUGUUGUCUCUUCUCCCAGGGAUAGUGUUAAUCAUAUUUUUUUAAUUACUGAUAAACCUGCUGAGUUGAUAAUAGGACUGUCUUAUGCUUUCCUAAAUCUGUUUUGCACAUUCUAUCUCAAUACAGAGUAUUACCAGGAAAAAACCUGUUCAGGGAGGGGGUGCAGUCCUUCAAGACCUGCUGGGAUGUCAGUCUCCUGGCCUUGGGCUCCAGGCAGGUCCUUGUGCUGUGGGAAGAGGUGGCCGGCACUGCCAGCUCCUCCUGGUCCUCACCACGCUGCGGCUCUGAAGCAGGUUUUGGUGGGAGCCUGGGACACGCCAAUGUGUCGGCAAAGGACUUGCGUAGCCGAGGCAGAGAGGCAGCUUUGCUUGCAGCCUUUCUCAUCUCGGUCUUGUGGUUCAUAUCACAGCUCCUGCCUCCGCACCAAUCCAGGGACCUAGCGCAGGAAUUCACAAGCGGAGCAAGGGCUGAGGGUGAAGCGUGGGUUUUGGGACCUCCUGGGGUUUGGGUAAGACUGGCUGUCACACUAAAAGCAAUGUUUUACAAGUACAAACGCUGCAGCUGACCCAUGGGCGUACAAACACUAGGAAAACCAAGCACCUACCACUGUGGUUUUAGCUUGUUCCUUCCCCCAGUGCUGCAAUUAACUCCCCUCUUCUGCGGUCGGUCACUGCGAGGGCUCGGCAGCAGUCUCUUCUCUUGUAAACAUCAGCCACCCGAUACAGGCGGCUUUGCCAGAGCCAGAGGAGCAGAAUGUUGUAAGCGUGAGCUUCUAAGUCUCUGGAAACAUAUAUUUAAGCUCCUUAAAUAGAGCUGGCCUGAUGUUACCUCCCGGGUGCAUUGAGUACCUGCAGUUUGUAGUCCGGGAGCUGUUUUGAUCUUAGUCAGGUCAGUUCUAGCAAGGCCCCUAAACUCUUCUUCUCCGAGAGCAUCUGUGCCUGCCUGUGAUAGACCUGGAAAGUCUCUAGAGAAGUAGUGCUUUUUGGAAACUAGCUCAGAUCUCCCCCCCCCCUUUUUUUUUUCUCCAUACAUGGGUCCAAGGGAACAGUUGAUUUUUGUGCAAACAAGCUGUAGCUGAGCUCUGGUCACCUUAGUUUAUGGCAAAACUGUGCAUGAGGUUUUCUGUAUCCUUCCAAAACCUGCAGGAACUUCCCUGAAGCAGUCUUGUUUCCAGUUGUCCCUUUUUGCUUAGUGUGCAUCACUCACUUGAGAAGUGGGAGUCCUUCAGCACACCACCAUUCCCUUACACACCCCCCCCAUCCCAAAAUCUUUCAGUGCUGUGUGUCAGCCUUGCUUCAACGGUGAUGGAGCUGGGUCAGCUGAAAGCUCAUUUACUCUUUGCUUGUCUAAUGCAGAUCUGCAACCCUGGCGUGGGGUUGCAACCUUGACUCAUCCUGCUUUUGCCCACCUAUUGUACCUCGCUGCGCUGUGUCAAAGCAGUGGCUGAGGUGAGGUGGAGGCUGCUUUUGGUGGGAUGUGGUGACGAUGGGUGCUACGCUGACCUUUUUGCUUCUGGAAAAGGUCUCUGUUAGUUUGUAGAAGACCCUUUGGCCCAUCCAGGUGUGGUCAGACCUGGCUUGAGAGGUCUCUCGGCUGGUCUCUGAGGAGGUGGUCAGGGUGUCGCUGCCCCAGGAACAGAGGUUCUCGGUGAAAUUUGCUGCUCGCCCUCCAAGGUGCCAUUCCAUCUCAGCCAGCGGCAUCUGUGGUGGCUGUUUGGUAGGAGCUGGUGCUGUGCUUCAGGUUGGAGACCUCAUUAAUCAAAAUCUUCUGCCCUGCUUUUCCCAGCAGUGUUUCAAACUGAUCUGCUUCUGUCCCUUGAGCUUUCAGCUGAAGUGGAUGCUGGUUUUGGUAGUGGUCCAUGUUGUGCUGGCACCAGCCCCUCUGGAAGAGGGUGGUGGGUCCCAGGCUGGUUUUGGCUCGGGUCUUCUGAGUGAGUGCUGAAUCGCUUUCUUCUCCAGCUGUAACCCUGCACCUAAAGGCAAACCAAGGCAGCAGCAUCAAACCCAACCGGCAGAGGUGGGGUGAACUGGGGCAUUUCAGACUCAACCCUUAUAUCUGAGUGGUUUUGGAAACGGUCCCGGCUCUCUGGGCUCCUGCCACUGGGCCCCUGCUAUUAACGCAGGACAGGGAGCUUCUUUGCAACCCUUCAGAGCAUCUUCAAAGGCCUGUGUCCGUGCGGCUGUUCAGUUUUCCUGGGCAGGGUGGGGAAGAUGUUAGUGAUGCUGCCUUGUCCUUCUAGAAACAGGUUUGGAGGCACUAACCGGACUCUGCAGCCCGGUUUUCUGCCACCAACCCUCUGUGCAGCAGGACUGGAGAGCCAAUGCUGCUGGCUGCUGUCCUGGUCCCCGGGGCUGUGGGGGCUGUGAAAUGAUGCAGGGAAAGAUGCGUUUGGUGCUUGUGCUGGUGUGGUGGUUUGGUUCUGUCCCUUCCCCAUUGAGCCUUUCUGGGGAGCUGCUGUCAGCGGGGGCCUGGGGCUCAGGGUGCUCUGCCAGGCUGCCCACCGGAGCCGAGAAAGUCCAGUCCUUCUGGACUCAGAGAUCAGAUGAAGCAGCCUGGCUGUCAGCAGCGGUCCCGGCACUGUCGUGGUCCUAGGGACCCUGAUCGCUUCCCCGAAGUCCUGUCGCUGGGAGUGUAGGUACUGCAGUGAGUUUGAAUUCCAGUCUGUUAAAUGCUAUUACUGAAAUAUUUAUUGUGUUUAAACCAAACAAAAAACUAUUAAAGUUCAGCAAAGAAUAAAAUUUUCCAAGCCUUUUAA